AUGGCUGACAAACGUCCUUUCAGAGUUGUGAUUGUUGGUGCGAGCGUUGCUGGGCUUAGCCUGGCAAAUAUGCUCCAGGCCAAUGCCAUCGACUUUCUGGUGCUGGAGGCUUAUCCCACUGUAGCGCCUCAGGUCGGAGCUAGCAUCGGGCUACUGCCUCAUGGAAACCGCAUUCUAGACCAGCUCGGCUUAUACGAAAAAGUCAUGGAGAUUGCGCCUCCUAUACAGAUUUUCAACUUCCGAGACACAAAUGGCCAAAUUCUAGCCCGCCAUCCAGGGAUGGACGAGCGGCUUGUCGAGAGGCAUGGAUACCCUAUGGUCUUCCUCGACAGACAGAUGCUUCUUAAAGUGCUCUACGACAACAUAAAGGACAAGUCAAAAAUCUUGACAAACAAGCGAGUUGUCCGGACUGAGUUGGCCAAUGGCGGGGUUCAUGCAGUCACAUCAGACGGAACGAUUAUUGCUGGUGAUAUCCUUGUUGGAGCGGACGGCGUGCACAGUACAGUACGCUCUGAGAUGUGGAGGCUAGCUGGCAGGUUUUCACCAGGCCUCUUUGACCCAAACGAGCACGAGGCACCUCCCUGUGAAAACAGCUGCAUCUUCGGUAUCUCUAAUUUAUGUCCUGGUAUCAACCCAGGCGAUCUACAUUGCGUAUUCAGGAACAGCUCUUCGUAUCUCGUUACUGGAGGCCCCCAAGGGCGAGUCUACUGGUUUCGAUUCCAAAAGCUCCCGGAAAAGGUUCACGGCUCAGCUAUUCCACGUUAUACCGAGAAGGAUCUCCAAAAGUCGCUGUCCGAAGCUGCUGACGACAACAUAUUGCCUAAUCUGAAGUUUUCAACACUUAUUGAAAACAAAGUGAGUGCUGUCAUGACUCCACUCGUGGAGUAUGUCUACAAGCAGUGGCACUUUGACAGAAUCAUCACUCUGGGCGACUCAGCGCACAAGUUUCAUCCAGUGGGCGGCCAAGGGGGCAAUGCUGCCGUUGAGAGCGUGGCCUUACUGACAAACAUCCUCGUGAAAGCACUCAAACGGAGCCCUUCAGGACGUCUAACCACCGUCCAAGUCGAGUCCAUGUUUGCAGAUGUCCAGUCUCGCCGAAAACCCAGGUUGGAACUCAACCAUCAUUAUUCUCAUAACCGUGCGAACACAGAAGCACUUGAUACGCCUCUGAAAAAGCUUAUGGCGAUCCACCUGCUUCCGCUGGUAGAUGAGCAAGUCGUAACUCUUGGCUACUGCUCUCAGCAUCCCGGUGGAGAAAUGCUGGAUAUGUUACCAGUGGAACACCAUGAGAACUUAAUACCAUACAAACAGGAACUGCUUUGCGAGCCAAUGUCAAGAGGCAGUAUACAAUGGGUAUUGAUGAUGACCUAUAUGAUUUUCGCAGUUGUUGCAGUCUCUGCAGGCAAAUAUGGUACUACUGCAACCGAUGGAUUUGCCUCGGAUAACUCCCCCAACGAUAUUAUUGGCGACCGAUCAACUUUGUAUGAAUUUAGUCUCUCUUGGACGGCCAUGGCUUGGAUGUCGUAUCUCAAGCCUCUAAAGCUCUACGCAUUUGGCCAUUUAAUCCAGCCGGUCGGCAUCAUCAUGAUUGAAGGCUAUAGAGGAAGAAACAAACUCACGCCUCUUGGACUGCCUGCCUUGUGGCUCAUGCUCAUUCAAUACGCCGGAAUCGAAGUCGCCAUGCCGUUAUACUACCUCAUCUACACCUUGAUAUCUGAUGUCGAAUCAUAUUGGUGGCCUCUUAGGAGAUUCGUUCCUCUACGACACGCCAGGCAUAUUUUCACCGCGUGCGUGAUAGCAGAAGCAAUUCAUAUCGGUCCUGUCCUGUCAGACACGUGUCUCCCCCAGUGGAUGGAAGCCGCCAAGUCAUUUUGGCCCUUGCUGGUUUCCGUAUUAGUCACAAUAUUCGGAUCCUUUGGCAGCUAUCAAACUGCACUGGGUCCAAACAAAGCACUAAAAGCCGAACUCAAACUGUUGGGCAGUAUAUACUUGGCUGCUGGACUUUUCGGCGCUUUGUGGCAUUUUUUUGCCAUCACGCAAGCCGUUCGCAACGUUGACCCCAAUACUUUACUCAACUUCGGCAGACCGGCUAUAUUCGAGGGACCACCCCAUAUAAAGGCAACACAACAGACUGGGCUAUUUGUAUACUUCCUAGCCUCGUAUGUGUGGGCGGUCCAAGCUAUCUGGGAUUUGAAUAGAGUCGGCCGAGCCAAGAUACACGUGUUCGCUGCAACACUCUGGAUCUUGCUGGCGUUUGUGAGUUUUGGACCCGGUGCUAGCGUUGCUGGUGUCUGGUACAUACGAGAACAUGCUAUGUCACGGACGAGCUUCCAGCAAAAACAAAGGUUCAAAAAAUCUCAGUUUCAUGAUGGCGACGCCGUCAAGACUGGGGCGUCAACUUCUGGUUGA